AUGGGUUUGCCGAGAUUUACUCGUCCCAAGGGAGGGGAUGGCGAGUCAAGUCCCAACCUUUAUGUGGCUAACUGUGGGCCUGCAGUUGGACUUUCAUUUGACAAUAUCAUGUCAGUGUUUGGUACAUAUGGCGAAGUCAGGGGAGUUUAUGCUGCAGAUGAGAGUGGCACUCGUGUUAUUGUAUCCUAUCACGAGGACAGUAGUGCACAAGCAGCGCUUAGGGAACUAGAUGGUCGUCCAUGUUCUGAUCUUGGAGGCCGUUCAUUGCACAUUCGCUAUUCUGCACAAUCACUUGGCAAGGUUAAGGUCAAUGAUGCUGUUCCUGUAUCAACAUCAGAUUCAGAUUUAAAGAUUCCUGGUGUUUACUUAGUACAUGACUUUGUCACUGCUAAAGAAGAGGAGGAAUUACUUGCUGCAGUGGAUUGUUGGCCAUGGCAACAUCUUGCCAAAAGAAGAGUUCAGCACUAUGGGUAUGAGUUUCGCUAUGAUAUAAGGAACGUUAACACAAAGCAAUACUUGGGCGAUCUCCCGUCCUUUGUGUCUCCAGUACUUGACAGGAUCAAAAUGUUUCAAAAAUUUGAUUCAUCUACAGAUGUAUGCCUGGAUCAAUUAACUGUCAAUGAAUAUCCUCCUGGGGUUGGUUUGUCUCCACAUAUAGACACCCAUUCAGCAUUUGAGGGAUCAAUUUUCAGCCUUUCAUUGGCGGGCCCUUGCAUCAUGGAAUUCAGACAGUAUUCAAAAGGUGUUUGGCUUUCAAGACAUACCUCCAGUUGUGACACAGAGGAGCAAAUAUGUGAUAAUAGCUCAAAUUUCUUGCGGAGAGCUAUUUAUCUUCCACCUCGAUCAAUGUUAUUGUUAUCUGGGGAGGGACGAUAUGCUUGGCAUCAUUACAUUCCACACCACAAGGUGGACAAAGUGAACGACAGUGAAAUCCGGAGGGGCUCAAGGAGAGUGUCCCUGACAUUACGUAAGGUCAGGAAAGCCCUAUGGAGGGUGGAUACGGGGAAUUUGAGUUCCAAGAGUAUCCGAUCUUCCCUUGUUGCAGAAUUGCGAUCCAUAUCAUUGAUUAUGGAAAAGAGUUAUUGUGAUGAUGGAUGA